AUGUAUCUUCCCUAAAGUUUAAGGGAAGAAAUAUUAUAUUCCUAAGCCAGAAGACUUUUACAAUCAUUGACAGAACAAUAACAUUCUUAGAUCAGAGGGCCUCAUUCCAAAGCCAGGAGAUUUAGAAUCACUGACAGAUUGUAGAACAGAAGCACCAUAAGGUGAGAGGACCUUACAAUUAUUAUCUCCCCUAGAAGCUAUAUUCCAUCGAUAACAAGUUAUUAGAAUCUAUGAAAAGUAAAGUGACUUAGGAAGUUCAAAUUGACAGCUGUGAGUGGAAGAGGCCUUGUGGCAAGAGUCCAGGCAUGAGAUGAUGAAGGCCUGCAAUAUGGGGGCACUGUGGGGAAGAAACAGUGGGGAGGCUGCAGUAAAGGAGAGUUCUGAGGAAGGUAAAGUGCAGGCCUUGGGAACAGACUGGAUAUAGGAGGUGAAAGAGUUAAGGAGAUGAGGAUAACCUCUAACUGGGGGGCUGGGAAGAUGGUGUUUCUCGAACAGCAUUAAGGAAGUUGAGAAGAGAAAGUCUGGGAGGAUAACUAAUGGAUUCCAUUUUGGACAAGUUGAGUUUGAGAGGUCUCGGGCACAUCCAGUUUAAGAUGUACAGUUGACAAGAUCCGGAAAGGUUAGGGCAGGAUAAGUAGAUCUAAGGUCCAGCAGCAGCACUGAGAUGCCACAGCAGGGAAUUCUCCAUCCCGAAGGCAAUUAACACGCUCUGUUAACUCUCUAGGAAUGAAUGGACGCUGAUCCCGAAGGUGUCUCCAGUCCCUCCUCCUCCAAGGACUAUGCGCGGGGGUAAACUUUCUAAAAGUCCCGGUGAAACUGAACAGAGCCAUUGCAUUCUGGGAUGUGUAGUUCGGAUCUUUUCUUAGAUUGGAAUUCUGUCUGCGCGCGCUGUGAUGGCGUCAUCUCCAGCCGCCGCCGCCACUGCCGCCGCCACGUCGGUCUCCUUGACUACAAGCACCAAGCCUCCGGGAGUCCCCGGGGCGCAGCCUAGGCGGGAAUGCUGAGCGGGAGGGGCCGCGGGCCCCUGCAGAUAGUGCAGCGCCGCAGCCAGGACCUCCGAGUGCAGGUUGGACGUUUGCUUUCCGAGAGUCAACUGAAAGGAGCCCUUGAUGCCAAAAAAAGGCGGGAAAUUUAUCAGAGAUGUAUUCAGUUGAAAAGAGAAAUAGAUGAAAACAGAAGGGCUCUUAAAAAUUUAAACAAAGGUGAUGAACUAGCACCUGUGGGAAGCUACAACCAGAGAAAAGAAGAUGAAGAAAACGUUUUGGAAAAGCUUACAAAGCAGUUGCAGGAACUUGCUGUGACUAUAAGUAAAGAAAAUGUAACUCCAGAGGAGAAAGUCCAGAAUAUUUCCCAGACUGAAGAAGUAGAAGACUCUGAGGAAAUUGAUGAUGAUGAUGAUAAUGAUGAUAGUGAUGGUGCUGCUCCUGCUGAUGAUGGUGGUGGUGGUGAUGAUGAUAAUGAUGAUGAUGAUGAUGAUGAUAGUGAAGAUGAAGAAAGUGAAGAGGAAGAGGAGGAGGAGGAAGUAGAAGAGGAUGAUGACUCUAGUGAUGAACAGCCAAUUAACAACGAAUAUAUUGCUGUGGGCGACUUUGUUGCUCAGCAAGCAGGAGAUCUCACAUUUAAGAAAGAUGAAGUUCUCCUCAUACUUAAAAAGAAACCUGAUGGCUGGUGGGUAGCUAAGAAUAUUCAUGGAACUAAAGGUCUCGUUCCCAAAACCUACUUGGAGCCCUGUGUUAAAGAGAAAGAGGAACAAGAAUACAGUGAAGGGGAAAGUGAAGAUGAUGUAGAGGUAGUAGAUGAAACAGCCCAUGGAACCGAGAUUAAGCCAAGAACUGAUUCUCAUUGGAAUGCUAUUAGAAAAGCUAUUACAGAGAGUAAUACUAUUGAUGUGUUGACUGCUAUGGGAGCUAUUCCUACAGGAUUUAGACCAUCAACUCUUCACCAGCUCUUAGAAGAAGGAAAUCGUUUUCAAGCAAGUUACUUUUUACAGCCUGAACUUAGCCCUUCACAACUGGCUUUUAAAGAUAUGAUAUGGGAUUCUGAAAAUGGCACUAUCAAACCCAGACCAAGCCGUGUGUCAAUGAUUCUAACCUUAUGGAGUUGUAAAAUGAUCCCUCUUCCAGGAGUAAGCUUACAGGUUCUCAGCAGACAUGUCCGUCUCUGCCUGUUUGAUGGAAGCAAGGUUCUAAGCAAUAUUCAUACAGUCAGAGCCACAUGGCAACCUAAACAGCCCAAAACAUGGACGUUUUCUCCACGGGUAACCGGUAUCUUGCCAUGCCUACUUGAUGGGGAUUGUUUUAUCAGAUCCAGUUCUUCGUCACCAGAACUUGGAAUAUUAUUUGAAGUUGGAAUCUCUUAUGUUCGUAAUUCAACUGAUGAAAAAGGAGAGUUAAGUUGUGGCUGGGUCUUCCUAAAACUUUUUGAUGCCAAUGGAAUACCUGUUCCUCCCAAAACCUAUGAACUUUACUUGAAUGGUGGUACUCCUUAUGAAAAAGGCAUUGAAGUAGAUCCUUCAUUUUCCAGAAGAGCAGCUGGCAGUGUUUUUCAGCAGAUGAUGACAUUGAGAAAACAGCCUCAACUUCUGGUCAAACUGAGAUCUUUAAAUAGAAGGUCAAGAAGUAUAUUGAGUCUGCUACCAGAAACAUUAAUAGGAAGUAUGAGCUACGUUCAGCUGCUGGUAUUCUAUCGAGAAAUUCUUGGUGAUGUGCUCCUGAAAGACAGGAUAAGCCUACAAAAUGCCGAUUUAAUUAGUAGUCCAAUUAUAUCAACCUUUCCUAAACUCAUGGAGCAACCUGACCUAAUGGAUGUACUUAGGAUUGCGUGGACUGAAAAAGAAAGUACUUUUAAAAGAUCUGAAAAGAGAGACAGAGAGUUUCUGAAGUCCAUGUUCAUCCUCGUGUACCAUGAUUGUAUAUACCCUCUCUUACAUUCCACCCUCCUCCCACCAUUCAGAUGGGCAGAUGAAGAAACCGAAGCUACUCGAUGGAAAGUCAGUUAUGACUUCCUUAAACAAAACCAAGAAAACUCUAAUGCUCUCCAUGCUUUACUGUCACCAGAAGGUAUUCAUGAACCUUUUGACAUUUCAGAGCAAGCCUAUGACUUCUUAGGAGAAGCCAGGAAGAAUGUGGAUUAAUUGUGAUUGGUCAUUGAGAUUCCAGUCCAUUUGGUGCUAUAUGUAGGAAUAAAUGUAAACUCUUAGUGGUCCUUUGAGCAGAAUGUCAGGAACCAAGUAAGUUGGUGUCUAUUGUGGACUGUUUUUUAAACUUUACUAAUUUACUGUAUUUGCUUUACUAACUUACUGUAUUUUUACUUUACAAGAGUAUAUUUUAUAAGAAAUUUAUAAGAGAGAAUUGUUCAAGUGUGUUUUAAAAUGACUAUUUUUAAAAUAGGAAAUAAUAUGAUUUUUCAAAGUAAAUCGAAAGCUAUUUCUACCUUUUAGUAGAAAUUACUAGGUCUAUACCUCAAAGAAAUCAAAGGAAGAAGAAAAAAGGACCCAUGAAAAUAUGUAUAUAAGUGCAGCCUGAGGGAGUGUCCAUCACUUGAAGAAUGGCUGAGCUAAUUAUGGUAUGUGAAUAAAAUAGAAUAUUUUUCUGUGUAAGAAAUAACCUAAGAGUAGUUUCAGAGAAGCCUGGAAACUGAUAUAAAGGUAGGAUAACCAAAAGGACCAUUUAUAAGAUGACAACCAUGCUGUAAAGACAGACAACUUUGAAAGACUUAGGCAGUUUGAUUAGUGCAAUAACCAACCAUGAUUCCAGAGGAUCCAUGAUGGAACAUGCUAAACUUCUUCUCACAGAGAAGCAACAGGCCCAAGAUGCAGAAUGGGACGUACAGUUUUGGACAUGGAAAAUAUAAUAAUCUGUUUGAUUAUGCAUUUGUGUACCAAGGAUUUUGUUUUUAUUUAUUUAUUUUUCAAGGACUAGUAGGAAAUUAGUAAAAAGAUUCAAAGAGAGAAGAGCGUUAGCUACAGUGUGAAUUUUUUUAAAAAGUCAUUGAAGUAUUUUUUUAAUACUUAAAGAGAACAGAUAGAAAGCCAGAAGGCAGCACAGACAAGCAAGGCAGCUUUGAAAGCUACAUGAUGAAUUUGUUAUGUACUUAAAAAGUUAAGCAAAUUGUACAUGACAGAGGUUUAUGGUACAAUUCUACUAUGUGUAUGGAAGUGUUUAUUUUAUUUGAAAUAAAAAUAUAAAGUAAUUUGAAGGA